AUGAUUCAAGAAGAUUCACAAGUCAAGACUCAAAAAGAAUCUUAUAUUCCAAUUCAAGAAUCUCAAGUUCUGAUUCAAGAUAAAUCUCAAAUCCUAAUUCAAGAUGAAUCUCAAGUUCUUAUUCAAAAAAAACCACAGAUUUCAAUUGAUACCAAAGCUAAAAAAAGAAUGUCAAGGUUAACUGAGGAAGAAAUUCAAUUAAAAUUAGCAAGACCAUUCCGUCCACCAUUACAAACACUUCAAGAUCAAACUCAGAAUAUUAUAAUGGCAAAAGAUGGAACUACAAAUAUUUUCGAAUUUCAUAAUUCUGGAAAUAUUCUUGCCGUUGCCGAAAAUCAAAUUGUGGCACCAAGUCAUGUUCUUGCAGAAAAAGGAAUUCGCUAUGUUCAAGAAAAUGUGGAUACGUUCUACGCAGGGAAUGCAAAAUUUCUUUAUUAUAUGUUUAAAUAUGAAUAUUUGAAUAAGAUUCAACAACAUCUUGAGCAGCAAAUUCUUAAACAACCGCUUUCUCAACAAUAUGAUAGCCAACAAAUCUCGAUUUUGGCACCUAUAGGAGUUAAUCUUGUGAAAUCGGUCAAUAUUACACGUGAAUAUGAAGCAACGGUUAAAUGGAUAGGUCAUUUAAUUAAUGAUGAUG